CAACAUGCAAUCCCUGCAGUCAAUAUAUUUAAAAGAUAAAAAUACUGGGAAUUCCGUUUUCGUUUUGAAAAUUCUUUUUCUUGGUUACAGAGGAAUUAUCACCACUUACAGAACCGACAGCUAUAUAGUACAGGUUCGAUGGCUGAACGUCUGAUAGGAAGAUACAGAGAGUGGGCAGCGUUGUCAAGAAAUUGGAACGCUUACAGGUUAUUCCAAAUUCAUGGCAUUCGGUCUGUGGGGAAGUCGAGAUUCGUGGAAGAAUUCCUGAAAUUUAAAGAGGACAGCAAAGAAGCAUGGGUACAGGCUGUAUUGAUAAAGGUGAGGAAUGUUGCUGGCAUGAGAGGAAUUUGUCUGUCCUUGUUUGCGGCUCUAGAUCUGUCAGCUCCCCAAGAUGACACUACCUGGACGGAAGCAAUAUGCAACGCUGUGACAAGAAGAGAGUACAUUGAUGUCAUACUUGUCUUUGAUGGUGCUGAGAAUGUGUUAGAGGGAAAAAGCACAAACGAGUUCAAAAUGUUCUGUUCAUACUUGCUUGGCAACUGCAGGAACAUUAAAAUCAUUAUCACAUCAACAACAGAAGUGAUUUUUGAAGGCAUCGAGGAGCAGUGUAUGGAGUUACUGAUACCUCCCCUCUCACCAGCAGAUUCAGAGGCAUUGAUGCGACGAUAUGCCCCAUCCGUGGACUUCGGGUCACACCUGGAGACCAUUGUCAAAUUGUGCGAAGGGUUGCCUCUCGUCAUUGCUAUGGUUGCUUCAGAGUUGACUGAUAACGAUAGGGACGCUUCGUCACUGACAGUGGCAGAAAUGUCUCUGGCCUUGCAAAGCUGUCGCCUUGAGGCACUCAGUCAGUUCAUGUAUGCACAAGAGGAAAGAUUAGAUGCUAUUUACGGCACAUUCCUGAAACGUCUACCAGAGUCUAUGCAGAACAAACUGGCCACGAUAGGAUACAUGCCUGGAACAUUCACUCUAAGUCACGUGAGAGAGAUGGUCGAUGACGUAGAAGCGAUGGAUACCACCAUCACACCUUUAAUGCGACGCCAUUUUCUGAAACAGGACGACAUCACACAACGAUACGACAUACAAGGGAUUCUCAGAAACUGCAUUGACGACCUGUUUGAGACAGUCAAGGAGAGUCCAGAGGUUAAACAGAGGUUCUGCUCUCUUUUUUCGCGAUUAAUCACAAAAAUCGGAAGUAUGCUGAAUACAGCUGAUUAUGCAGAAGCUCUUUGUCAGUACAAUCACGAGCAACAAAACUUCAGGAAACUGCUUACGAAUGUGGAGUUGGUCUUCUCUAACGAAGACAUGUACUGCUUGUACAUGGAGGUGGCCAUUCGUGCUUCUAAUGUCAUUCAGCAGUUCAUGGGUGCUGAUGGGUUCCAGUUCUACGAAGAAUUAACUGUUCUCUCCUCGAAACUGAACAGAAAGCUGGACGAGGCUUGUAUUCAUUUAUGUUAUGGUGGAGCGUUGACCAAUGUCAAGGGCAGUAUGACGGAAGGGGAGAAGAAAUAUCGCCUUGCAAUACAGUACCUGGAGAACUUCAAAGAGGACCCAACAUUUUCAUCCUCGGGCUGCUACCACGGCCUAAAGAUGGAUAUUCGGAACCAUCUGGCACAUGGGUAUCAAAGACUGGGAUGGAAUUUGUUUAUCCAAGGCCGGACAAAGCAAUCGAUUGUUUAUCUGGAAAAGGCAUUUGAGCUGGAGAACGAGUUGAAGAUGUACAAGGAGGAGUUAAUCCUCUCUACAUUGAUGUCACUGGGCACCACUCACAACAUGUGCGAGAACAUGGGUGUCGCUCUCCGGUUUCAUGAAGAAGCUCUUCGUCGGAGAAAGGAACUUUACAAAACUCCAGACGACCCAGAUGGAGAGAAUCAUCCUUCUGUCGGUUCCUGCUACAACAACAUUGGGCUCACUUAUCGCAAGAUGGAACGAAAGGAAGAAACACUCCACUAUUUCCAAAAGUCUAUGGAAAUUAAAAAAAAAUAUAAAGCCCCUCCAAAAUCUACCGCGAUAUCAAUCAUCAAUGUUGCAAGUGCUCUUUCCGAAACAGGAAAACAUGAUGAAGGCAUGCUUAUGCUACAAGAUGCAGAUGAUAUUUUAAACAAGACUCCAAAUAUCUACCAGGACAUCAUAGCGUUAGUUUAUGCAACGGAAGGCCAGAUUCUUCUCCGCCAAGGUUGCUUCGCUGAAAGCAUUAAACGUUUCAAAAAGUCGUUAUCUAUUCGCAAGCAUAGUGGCCCUAACAACUUCUGGUCAGGGGAGACGUAUAAUGAUCUGGCGAAGGCAUACAUUGGUAUGAAAGACAGCAAACGGGCUUUGCACUGGCUGAAUAAGGUGUUCAGUCUUCAAGAAGCGUUGAAGUCGGACGCCCCUACCAAUUCUUUCGUUUUCGAUUGCUACGUUCGAGCUAUGGGCGUGCUUGCUAAUAUCGGUAAUUACGAAGAGGUCCGUUCUGCAUUUGAAGUUGCAAUAAAAGAAUUACAGCGCAUGCGUGUAGAGUUUAUUGCCUUAGGAAACUCUAUCAAGAUUGCAUGGGUAGAUUCUGAAAUGAGUACGCUUCCAAAUCUUUACACUCAUCUUAUACCUGGAUCUGAACAAGAACCACGCGCAUAG